ACGGCGGAGGCCCCGAGCUGGGAGCCACGAGAUUUGAGGCGGCGGGACCGGUCAACAGAAUGCGUCCUCCCUCUGCACGCGACCCCGAGGCCACCGAGAUGAGCGCCACGGCCGGGCCCUGGCAAGCGCCCACGUCUCACUAGCAGGGAGCCCGCCGGGCCACCAUGGUGUACUAGCCCCGAAGAGCCGCCCGCAACCUCAGGUCUGCACAGACCCGGGAUUUGCUCGGCAGCAGAGUCACCGUGGAGAGGCCAGGGUACCACAAACUUAUGGAUUUUGACAAGAAAGGAGGGAGAGGGGAGUCGGAGGAGGGUCGGAGAAUGUCCAAGGCCAGCGGCCGGACCAGCCAUGGCGUCCGGAGCUCGGGGACCAGCUCGGGGGUCCUGAUGGUGGGCCCCAACUUCCGGGUCGGGAAGAAGAUAGGCUGUGGCAACUUCGGGGAGCUCCGGCUAGGGAAGAAUCUCUAUACAAAUGAAUACGUAGCUAUUAAACUGGAGCCCAUCAAGUCCCGGGCCCCUCAGCUGCACCUGGAGUACCGCUUCUACAAGCAGCUCAGCGCCACAGAGGGCGUCCCUCAGGUCUACUACUUCGGCCCGUGUGGGAAGUACAAUGCCAUGGUGCUGGAGCUGCUCGGGCCUAGCCUGGAGGACCUGUUUGACCUGUGUGAUCGCACGUUCACACUCAAGACGGUGCUCAUGAUCGCCAUCCAGCUGAUCACGCGCAUGGAGUACGUCCACACCAAGAGCCUCAUCUACCGCGACGUGAAGCCCGAGAACUUCCUGGUGGGGCGCCCGGGCACCAAGCGGCAGCACGCCAUCCACAUCAUCGACUUCGGCCUGGCCAAGGAGUACAUCGACCCCGAGACCAAGAAGCACAUCCCGUACCGGGAGCACAAGAGCCUGACGGGCACGGCGCGCUACAUGAGCAUCAACACGCACCUGGGCAAGGAGCAGAGCCGCCGCGACGACCUGGAGGCGCUGGGCCACAUGUUCAUGUACUUCCUGCGUGGCAGCCUGCCCUGGCAGGGGCUCAAGGCCGACACGCUCAAGGAGCGCUACCAGAAGAUCGGGGACACCAAGCGGGCCACGCCCAUCGAGGUGCUCUGCGAGAGCUUCCCAGAGGAGAUGGCCACGUACCUGCGCUACGUGCGGCGCCUAGACUUCUUCGAGAAGCCUGACUACGACUAUCUGCGCAAGCUUUUCACCGAUCUCUUCGACCGCAGCGGCUUCGUGUUCGACUACGAGUACGACUGGGCGGGGAAGCCCCUGCCGACCCCCAUCGGCACGGUCCACACCGACCUGCCCUCGCAGCCUCAGCCUCGGGACAAAGCCCAGCUGUACAGCAAAAACCAGGCGCUGAACUCCACCAACGGGGAGCUGAAUACGGACGACCCCACUGCCGGUCACUCCAACGCCCCCAUCACGGCGCCCGCAGAGGUGGAGGUGACUGAUGACACCAAGUGCUGCUGCUUCUUCAAGAGAAGAAAGAGAAAAUCCGCGCAGCGACACAAGUGACCCGGGGCAGUGGUGCCCUGAAUCCUCCCACCGCAGCCCCGGGACCAGCUCGUCCGUGGCUGUGUGGCCCACAGCCCAGACGCAGACUGCAGGGCCGGCCGCUGCUGCCCGCCCCCCUCCCCCCCCACGUGGGGUCACCUCCUUCACACGAGACUUUGGCCGAAAUUUCUACACCUGUGUCUAGUCCUCCCCUCCGAGAGCAUUAACUAUUUGAAACAAGGAAACGAAACACAGCGGCCGCCCGCCCUGCGCCCCUCCCGCCGCCGCCGAAGUGAGUAGUCGGCCGCCCUGUUGCUUUCAUAAAGUCCAGCUUGUCUCCCUCGA